AGUGCAAGAGUUCAGUCGGCAGUGUUCCUCGGUGGGGAGUCUUCAGCGAAGACCCACACUGGUGUCACUGCUACUCGGCAAGGAUUCAGCGAAUCCUAAGCCGUGGGGCACAAGCGCCGAAGCGCCGAAAGGGGCGCACGGAGAAAGCAGAUCAGACUCCACCAAACUGGUUGCAGAGCACCACUACUGUUGCUACGGCAGUCAGCCGGCACGGUAGCAGACAAAAAGCGUGCGGCACAACCGCUACGGAAAAGCGGCAACGCGGGAGCGGAGUGUGGAGAAGGAAUUGGAUCAUUUGGAGCACUUUCCCGUGGAACGGACGGUGAACAGGAUAAUCUGGGAUUUCCCGUCCAUUUGACGGAGUGGAAGAAGCAUUGUGCGAGGAAGGGCUCGCUGGCGAAGCAGUCGAAGAAGGUGCGAAGGACGCUUGGAUCGAACAGCAGAUCAGUGCCAGUGUGUCUUUACUGCGUAGAGCACGCUGUACUUUCCUGACGCAGCUGAGGCUACUGCAGUAGCUUCUGCUGGAGGGCCACAAGCGGCGAAAGCACAAGCGCGAGUGCCACAAGCGGCGAAGCCCGAAAGGUGGGCACGAGUCUUGGUGCGCGGGUGUGGAGAAUCAGGUGCGCGCUCUACUGCGUAGAGCGCGCACCCAAAUACGGCCUCCUCCAAAAAAGGUGGUCGAGUGCCACCCAGCUGCAGCCAACGUCAAGGCACAGCUGAAGACCCGCGGCCACACAGCUUUUGGUCGACACGCCGUCGUGUCCCGUCGAAGCGAGACGGAAGGGGUUAGCGACUGGCCCAGGAGAAGUCAGUAUAAUCGUUGGAGGAAUUGUAGGAACCGCGGAAAGGACGGAGGAUCGAUUUUCUGGAUCGGUCAGAUUACAGGUUGAAUGACGAAAAUGGCCGAACGGGGUCAACCAACUAGGAAGGGUCAGGAUCAGAAGAAGGACGUACCAACGGGAGACCCGAUAACGAACUACAACGAGAAUUGUCCGCAUUGUAAGCGGAACAACGCCGUAGGCAACGAGCGAUAUCCAUGCUGGACAUGCAUAUCAAAGAUGCCGACCUUCGCACAGCUCGUGAUACAAGAAUCAAAAAGGGGGAAUCUUGCUGUGUUUCGCGGGGCAAUCAGAGGAAAUAACUGGAACAGAGUGCCCGUGGAGGAUAGAAUGAUCCUCGAGGAUAAGUACCGCUCUUGGGUGAACAAAAGAGCCGGAUGGGACGCCACGUUGGAACCUCCCAAAUGCGCGGAAACAGACGCAUACCGAAAGGGCUUCAAAGAAGAGACUGCGAGAAUGGUACAGGCUCAACGCGAAGAAGAGAAGAAACGAGCAGAAGCAAAGGCUGCAGCAGGAAGGGCAAAAGCCUCAUUCAUUCCUGUGGCAGUUCUUAAGAGACAGGAUGGUGAGGAAGCAGCCGUACUCAGACAGUCCCUGAUACAGCAGAUCGAUAUCAUCCUAGCGGAUCCAGUCGCCAUUUCCAAAAACGAAUAUGCAGUCUACCUACGGGAAAAGGUCAGCCUAACGAAGGGAAAUCCGCCAUCACAGGUGAUCAAGAUUGCGGUCGAAGAACGGAUUGAGAGAAUGCGCCAAUUCCGAGCGCAGGAGAACGAAGUAACUCAAGCGUUCAGAAACUUCAAGAGAGAUGAAUUUAAACGAUCGAAAUCACCUGAAAGGAGCAGAUAUGAGUCGGACUUAGGAAGGGCAGCCGACAGAGAUCAAAGGUCACGAGGACAUGAAAGGUCAUUAGAUCGUUCUCGUGAAAGGUCACGGGAUUUUGAUCGCUAUGAUCGAGAUCGAGGACACGUCAAAGACACGCGUUCUGCUGAACAGAAGAGAAAGGAUGACGAACGCAUUCGUCGUGAACGAGACGAAAGGGAAAAGUGUCGCAAAGAAGCAAAAGAGAAACGCAUUGCAGAAGAGUAUAAAAAGAUCAACGAUGAGAUCAGUAACCAGCAGAGCAAGGGGCACGCUGGGUCGAAAAGUCGUGACACGCAACCUCGUGGACUCAUACCUGCUCCGCUCAUCGCCCAGGCGACGAAGCUGGGACAACCCGUCGCGAACAUCAAUUGUUCCGAAACGGCAAAGCGCCAGCUGCGGGAUUAUCAAAUCGCAAUGAAUAACGAACAACUGAAACGUCAGUUCGAACUGGACUUUCACCGCUGCGCAGAGCGAAUCCGUCAGACGAUGGGGACAGGGUUCAACCAACCUGCGGAUUUCGUAUACGAUUUCAUCAAGGAGAUCAGUGUCGAUAAGAAGAGCUUUCGACCAGAACUGGCUAUGAGGAUGCCAAGUGAUGGACCGGGUCGACGUGGCCGUAGAAAUCAACGGUUGAACGAGGAAUACCAAGAAGCGUUUCAACGUAACGUCGAUAAUCCGCUGAGUCGCAGACUGGAGAAGCAAAUGGAAGACGCUCGAGAAAGGAUCGAGCGUGUGCGACGCCGUCGAGACCGCAGCGGACGUAACAGUGCCCAGAAAGGUCACGAGAGUGAAGAGGAAAGUCAAGAAGGGGAACUUGAAGAACCCCGAGACUGGACGUCAGACCGCAAUUAG